UGGCUGAUACCGACGGAGGAGGCUCCGACUCCGACAAAAGAAAAGCACAAGCAAAAUGUCUCGCCGGCGGCGAGGAGGCUCCGACUCCGACGGCGAUGACGACAGCUUCCUCUACCGCUACCCUCUCCCCUCCGCCGACGGAUCUUCGAGCGCCCCUGGGGGAGGCGGCGGCAAGCCCCGGGGUGGGGGCAGCGGCGGAGGCGGGGGUUCCGGUGGCCUCGCGCCGUCCAAGUCGACCGUGUACGUGUCCAACCUGGACUUCGCGCUCACCAACUCCGACCUCCACCUCCUCUUCUCCCGCUUCGGCCGCGUCGCGCGCGUCACCGUCCUCAAGGACCGGGACUCCCGGCGCAGCCGCGGGGUCGCCUUCGUCCUCUUCGUCCGCCGCGAGGACGCCGCGGCCGCGGCCGCCGAGAUGCACGGCAAAGUGCUCAACGGGCGCACGCUCUCCGCCUCCAUCGCCGCCGACAACGGCCGCGCCGCGGAGUUCAUCCGCCGCCGCGUGUACCGCGACAAGUCGCGGUGCUACGAGUGCGGCGAAGAGGGCCACCUCUCCUAUGAGUGCCCCCGCAACCAGCUCGGGCCCCGCGAGAGGCCCGCGCCGUCUAAGAAGUCGCGCCGCGGCGGCGGCGGCGGCGGCGGUGGUCGAGGGGGAGGUGGGGUUGCCUGGCACUCGGACGACGACGAGGAGGCCGCCGCCACGGCGUUCGAGGACGACAGGUGGGCGUCGGUGGUGGAUACGAGGGGAGAGGAGGAGAAGUCGGCUGGGAAGGAUGCGGGGAAGGCGAAGGCGGCGAGGAAGGAGAAGAGGAAAGGUUACUUCAGCGACGAGAGUGACGAGGAAGACGACUAAGGUUCAGUGUAUCCUGCUAGCGUUUCUGUGAUUUGACAAGAGAUCUAAGGCGAUCAACAGUUUAUGUUUGUAUCCUAGCUUCUUCAAAUUUCACAAAUUAAUUGAUGUACGAUUACUUGUUACAAACUUCGUGUCAUCACUGUAUUGUUUCUGUGAUUAUUAUAAUUGGUUUGAACAAGCCCCUGGUUUGGCUGCUAUUGCUUUGUUGAUAAA